UGGAGCGUGGAGAUGAUUACUUUCUCUCCACUACACCACUCGUUGCUGAUAUCUUCCUAGGUCAACUCUGACUCGUUUUAGAGAUGUUUGUUGAGCUCCGUGUAUCUGACGUCUAGAAAAAUCUAAGGUCCGGUUAUUAUUGUCCUUCGGCUGUGUACAGUUGCACAGUUUGAAUACUCUCAGAGUCUAGAACCGUGGCAUUAGCUGCGCUUGUGGAAAAUGCUAGGUUUUGAACGUGACAAAUGGAGCUAGCGGAUCGAGCAGUCGGGCUUCUAUUAUCUUCAAUCAGCUUAUCCAUAUUCACCUACUAUACUUUCUGGGUCAUCAUCCUGCCAUUUGUAGAUAGUGAUCACUUCAUCCACAAGUACUUCUUGCCCCAAGACUAUGCCAUCCUCGUACCUGUCUUCUCUGGCGUAACUCUCCUCUCUCUUCUCUCCGUAUUCAUUGGAAUGGUCAUGCUCAAGUCCAAAAAGAAGAAGGCUUGAUUUUUUUUUCUUGGUUCUUUUGU